GCGUGGUUCCCCCCGCGGUACCGCAGCCAUGGCGGAGCGGGUCGAGCAGCGGCUGGAGGACCGCAUCCCCGAAUUGGAGCAGCUGGAGCGGGUCGGGCUGUUCACGCGGAAGGAGAUCAGGGCUGUGCUGAAGAAGGCCUCGGCUCUGGAGUACAAAAUACAGCGGAGAGCGCUUCGGAAGGAGGAUUUUAUUAAUUAUAUUCAGUAUGAAAUUCAUCUGCUGGAGCUAAUCAAGAAAAGAAGAGCACGCACUGGAUAUUCAUUUAAGAAGGAUGAAAUUGAGUACUCUAUUCUUCACAGAGUCCAUUGCCUCUUCAACCGUGCUACAGGAAAAUGGAAAGAUGAUGUCCAGCUUUGGCUUUCACAUGUUGCAUUUUGCAAGAAGUGGAAUUCAAAGCAUCAGCUUAGUAAGGUCUUUUCUACCAUGUUGGCCAUACAUCCUGAUAAACCAGCACUGUGGAUUAUGGCAGCAAAAUGGGAGAUGGAGACAAGGCUCUCAUCAGAAAGUGCCAGGCGCUUGUUCCUUCGUGCUCUGCGCUUCCAUCCAGAGUGCCCAAAGCUUUAUCAAGAAUAUUUCAGAAUGGAGCUGAUGCAUGCUGAAAAACAGAGGAAGGAGAAGAAAGAAUUUGAAAAAGCAAAGAUGGACUUGGGAGAAUUCAAUUACUCUGAAGAGAUUCUCAAUGGGGAAAUGGCUCGCAUAAUUUACAGGGAUGCUGCUCAGAAAAUUAAAGGUGUUGAGUUCCAUCUGGCUGUGCUUUCUAUUGCAAAACUCUUUGCUUUUACCCAAGAUUUGCAAAAAGAAAUUCUGGAAAGUCUGCAGACCAAGUUUGCUGAUGAUCCUCUGACAUGGGACUACAUGGCCCGUCGUGAGCUGGAGCUGGGGUCCCUGCAGUCCACAGAACACACCACAAAACAGAUGAAAGUAUCUGAAAUGACCCAGAGAGAGGAGCGAUGCUGUGCAGUCUUUGAAGAGGCUGUGAGAGCAGUCCCAACAGAGGACAUGUGGAAAUGCUACAUUACUUUUUGCUUAGAGAGAUGUAAGAGGAAAACCAACAGUGACGAAUUAAAGCAAAAGAGGCUGGAGAGGACACUGAGUGUGUUCAGCAAAGCCCAUGAGUCCAGUUUGCUGCCAGAAGCUCUCUAUAAGCAAUGGCUUCAGCUCUUACUGGAGUCCAACCUCCUUGAGAAGGCUGCAGAGGUGGUAGGAGCCGCAACGAAGCGCUUCAGCCUGUCAGUGGAAAUGUGGCAGAUGAGGCUGCAGGUGCUCAUCCAGCUGAAGAGUGACAAUGUGACCCAGUGUUUUGAAGAAGCCAUUAAGCAUCUGAAAUCUAAGGGCACUUUGCCAUUAUGGACCCUCUGGGUGGAAUGGAGUGAAGGCACAAACAGCAAGGAAGACACAGAAGCUCUCUACCAGAGAUCCUUACGUGCCACAACUCCUGCUGAAUCUGUGACUAUGAAAGAAAAGUAUCUUGACUGGACUUACAGAAGUGGUGGUUAUAAGAAAGUUAAAAAACUCUUUACCAGCCUGUGUGAAAACCGUCCAUUUUCACUUGACUUCUUCAGGAAGAUGAUCCAAAUAGAAAAGGAGCAGGAAUCCUGCAAAAUGCUCCAUCUAAGAGAAUACUAUGAACGCUUGAGAGAGUUUGGUUCAACAGAUUCUGAUCUCUGGGUGGAUUACGUCAAAGAGGAGCUAAGUCAUCCUCAUGGCAAACCUGAAAACUGUGGGAGCAUUCAUUGGCGAGCUAUGAAGAUGUUGCAGGGAGAGCUGGUGGAAGACUUUGUUUCCAAAUACACUCUAUUGCAAACGGGACAUUUAUGAAAAAUUAUAAAUAUACUUGUGACAGUGAAGAUUUUUUUGUUUUAAACUUCUUUGUACAAA